AUGAGUAUCUCCGGAAGAUACAGAAAGGCCAAAGGGCUCUUUUUGGAAACCCUAACUGGAGAUUUACACCACACCAAUAUACCUCUUGGUAAACUAGGAGAGAUAGCUCAGCGAGAUACGGACAACAUACGUAUCCAUAUCAAACAUAUCAGAACGUUCUUAGCCCAUUUUUUCCAACGCCAACAGCCCCAAGAAGGUAUUAGCGAACCUGCAGGAUCAUCUAUCGGUGCACAAUCAUCCGUCAGCAAGUCUACACAGAAGAAGCGACACCAUAGAGGUACUGGCGAGUCUAAACCUAAGCGCAUCUGCUCAGAGACUGCGAUACCUGAAGUGAAGCUCCCUGAGUCACCCGCUGCCCGGUUCCAGAAGCGCGCGAGCUCAGUCGACCCGGAACAAAAAGCUCCCAUAUUACCUGCUAGCCCCCCAGCCAAGAUUCCUCUCACACCAUCAGCAACCAAGAAGCAGAAGAAGAGCCAACCUGCGCGAAACUCGGCCAAGGAGCACGACAAGAAUCGCUGUAUAAUAACAGGCUCUGCAAACCCGCAGGGCUGUCAUAUUAUACUGUUUACAUGGAAUUCUACAGAUGAGCUACUCGCAAUUGCUCGAGAACUUACACCAACAAACACUGAACUCUUUAGCCCCGAUGAUCCAGAUAUGGUGGUCCUUCUUUGUACUGAAGUGGGAUUCUCAGAUGAAGAUUGGAAUAUACUUAAUUUAUCAGCUCAAUUCCAUAUAUGGUGGGGUAAAGGCUACUUUGACCUCAAGUUUAUCGGAUAUGAGCCUGUUCAAGAAGAACUAGAAGGCUUGGUCGGUGACGGCCUGUUCGCGAUAUCCUGCAAGGCUGUGGCGGGGUCCAGCUUCUAG